AUGGCUUCUACAGACUUGCUUCCUCCCGUCAUGCCAGUCCGACCAGUAUUGGACAUCCUUCCCCGCGAGCUCUGGGAGACGCUAUUCGACCUCCUCUCAGAAGACCUGCUCUUGAAACUGGCCCGCGUGUGUCGGUUCUUCAAUGCACGUUGCCUCGAUAGAUUUCUUUACGGGUCGCUCAGCUAUAUAGGCACAGCAACGCGGGUCUCUAUCGACUCGUGCGGCCUUCUUGCCCUCCCGCUCUGCGUUCUCUGGCAAGAGUUCCCCAUCGAAGUCCUCAUCUGCGAAGAGCUCGACGCCUCCGACUUGCCCAGGCUGCUGUCAUGUUUAGACAGCGUCAUCCUCCGCUCGCCCAAACUGCACACCCUCUAUCUUAACUUCAACACCAACCUACUCGCGGACUCUUCUCCUUAUAACCCCCACAAGCUCAUCCUGCCUUAUGAAACCCGCGCACUCGUCCUUCCCCGGCUCUGUCAAACGCUUUCGCUCUUCGCCCAUCGUAACGACAGCAACCAUAGGCAGGAUGCAGUCUUUGCGUUCACCGAGACAGCGAUGUUCUCUUGCUCUGCGGGUGAUUUGGCGGACUGGGAGCUCCACAAGUGGCGGUUUAAUCAUCACGAUGAUGCUCAUCAGGCUCAUCGUGGUUCGCGUCGUCGUGGGCCAAAAAAGGGCCAGCCCGAGGUCGAAGAGGGCAAAGAACCGCCCUGGAACGCGGUCACGAGCACGCGUUUGUUUGACGGUCGGACGGAGAAUCUCCCUGUCCUCCGCAGUCUGCUUUCUGCCAACGCACGUCUCAUCAAGUCAUCGCAUACCAAGGGUGGGGGCUGGAAGAGCAGCCUCGUGGUACUCAACCAAAGGAAGGAUGAACCUCCCGAUUACGAUCCUGGGCGGUUUUUUGAGCUCUUCAAUAACUUUGAGCUCUCCCGGAGCAUGAUACACAUGGCGUCCGAAGAAUGUCUCAAGGCUGUGAUGAAUCAUGCCCGUAUUCGCUGGGCCGAAACGCUGUCUCUCGAUCCAAGUAUUGGCCUUGGGGUGGGGCAAUUGCGCCGCUUUCUCGCAAACCAUCACCGCCUGAAGUGCAUUCGAGUCAGACAUGGUUACAGCAGGAGCCCCAAGCGCCAACAGCAGCCCCCGAUCCUUGACGCGCCCCUCCGUCAUCCUUCGCUAGAAAGGUUGAAGUUGCGGGGCAUUCCGGCCUUCCCUGACAUCCACUGCAGCUCGCUGAUCAAAGGGCUGAUCAAUAGCCCAAACCUGGCUCUCGUCACCCUCUCCCUGUACAAGUCGGUCUCCAAAAAAUGGAUGGGCUCCCACACAGACAACAUCAUCAGCGCAUUGAGUGGCAUUGCGCGCCGACACCGGUGGCUCCCUUCCAUCACACUCGAGCUCACCAUCGAUUGGUCAUAUGGGUUCUUCACCCGGAUUUGUCGCUGGGAAGACGACCCCCGCGCACUCGACAUUGCUGCAAAGCUACACAGUGUAGAGAGAAUGCGCGUGGAGGUGAGCUCCGUCGGGGCCGGUCGCAGGCUGUUGCGGUGGUGUAGCCUUCUGCCGCGUCUCCAGUCCUUCGUGUUCAAGCUGGAUGUGUACGAGCUCUGGGAAGGGCCGGAACAUAAGCGAAGAGAGGCGAACGAGGCGUUCCGGGCCGAGGCAAUGGCAGCCUUCCAGCCACGGGUGCGUGUGAGUGGCGUUUGGCUGGCCAUCAAAGCCAACGCCAGCCCAUCAGGCGUGCACGCCAUUCUGUCGGCUUGGCACGCCAGACAUUUUGGCGUUGGCUUGUAUGGCUUUUGGGUCAAAUACUGUAAAUAA